GUGUGAGGCUUCAUCGCCUAUGGACUGUUCAAUUUGCUCAGACCGGGCUUCAGUGAUGUUUUAUGUAGAAAGUACUCGAGUUUCGCGUUGAAGUAUCGUAGAUUGCCAACUAUUCGUGGACAGGCAUUUUUGAGUGUUUCCAGCAGGUGAAUCUGUCGUGAUCUUGUGGUUGAUGCCCCGGAAAGAUUAGCCGAGUUGGAGUAUCGGUUGCAGGAGGACGCUCGCUUGGCUGCUGGAACGCGUUGUCUUGUUCUCUCUCCUCCAUCCUCACUUUUUGGCUUGCCCUUUCUUCAGCCUUGAUAUUCCGAGGCAUCCUUUCUUUUUAUCGUCACUCUUUUUGCCAUUCGCUCCUUGACAUUGCUGCUCUGCUCGCCGUUGAAGUAGCCGUCUGUGACUCAAGCUUUACAUGGCACCAGAAACUAUCUACCAAACGCCUUCUCUCGCCGGAAGACCACCUUUUGCGACCGACGACGAUUCCGUGUACGAUAACCAGCCACAGACACCCACACGGCGAAUUAGACAACCUCCCCCUCCUGACCCGAACGCGCGCACGUCAGCCUACAACAUGUACGUAACCGCGCUCGACGUAUGACAACUAUAUAGAUGGAGGCGCAUCCAACCGCGACUCUGGCAUCGGAGCGCUGGGAAUGGGUCUCAUGAACGGAGAUAUGGACGACGAAGACCCGUUUGACGAUCGCAACAAAGCAUCUCUUAAUUCGACGUCUUCCGCGAAACAGCAACCUAUUCCUCUCGCUGCACCCAAACCUGGUUAUGCUGCUCCCGUAGCAGCUCUUAAACUUCCCAGCCCCACAGCCAGCCCAGAUGGCCGUCUGCAUUCUCCCACUCAAAUGUCCCAAGUUGGGGGCGUGAAACCACUCACUUUGGUUACCAAUAUGAAUGGCCCUGGUUCACCUCGUAUCCCUCCACCUGCCGCUAUUAAUGUUCCAAGCACUCCCCAUCCUCUGCAACCACCCAUGACACCCAUCAUGCCGAUCUUUGCUCGCCCUUCUCCCUCUCCCGCGCCUCGCGAUGUCAAAUUUGCUGCUGGUAGCGCCAUCCUUCGUGGAGACAAGGAGGAUACAUUGCUUCCCAGGCGACAAUCUCGUUUCGGCGAACAGGGUGACAACUUCUGGCGUCGCUUCUCCAUGGUUGUCAAGGUAGAAAGCACCCAGAAAGAAAGUAUCUGGCUGAAGAAGACUCGAAGUGGUGACACCCGAGCGUCGCGUUGGGUAUGGAUCAUCGGUAUCAUUCUCCUGCUUUGUGUUGCCGGCGGUAUUGGUAUUGGCUGGUACAUCGCACACAACAACACUACACACUCCGCCCCGACAGCUAUUGGCGGAAGCGCCAACGAGAAAGCCAUCGAAGAGUCAACGGCCCCUGCAGCGGGUGUUGCCACUGCCGCGAGUCCUCAUGUGUCACCAACGCACACCGUCGCUAGACGUGAUCUGCCCCUUAUACCCACUGGUGCCGUCCAUAUCCCGCUUUCACAAUCGAACGCAAGGAAUAGCCACGACUCGAUCCUCAUCCCUGUUGCUCACAAGCGGCACAAACGACACGCUCUAAACCGUACCAUACACUAAGACAUCUACUGUCCCUGCCUCGUCGUACUGGUCAUAUGGUCUUGUCUUGAGCUCGACCGUGGGAUUGGUGUCCCUAACGACCCGCUUCCCGUCCACUCUUUCACGUCCCCGCAUGCUCCCCUCUCUCUCGCCCCAUACCUUUGCCCCCGUCUAUCCACACUUAGUGCUCCCGUGAAACGUUCCUGGUCUCAUGCAACGAUUUCCACUAAUAACGGAUAUACCCACUCACCCUUCUGCUCGCUUCGAUUCGGUUGUUAAUGCAUUUCUUACGACUUUUCGUGUAUUACCGUCUCCUUUCCCAUUCCCUUACUUUUGAUCGGUCUGCACCCGCCUUCUUCAAACAAGACCUUCACUUACAACGCAUCAUACAUUCGCAUACCCCUCUGCCUGCCGCCCAUCUUUUUUCUGGAUUCUCGUGUACUUACUUACGCCGCAGCAUAGUCUUUCAUAUAGAACACCUUUUACUAAGU